UCUCUCCGCGUCCCCGUCUCUUUCUCUCUCUCCGUCUCUGCCUUUCUCUCUCUUUCUCUCUUUCUCUCUCUCUCUGUCUCUCUUUUCUUCGCGCUCGCGCUCACGGAGAGCGUUCCUGAUCUCUCGUGCGCCUCGGAUUCCGCGACUAAACGCAACGGCCAGCGGCAGUGAUCCCCCCCGGUUCCGUCGUGCGACGAGAGAUCGUCGUCGUCGCCGUCGCGCUUCCUGCACCAGCCGGGAUUCUAAGUGCGAUCGAUAAGUUGGUUUUGACAAGCGCGCACGGACCCGGUGGAGCCAGCCAGCCAGCCGGCCCUGCCCGCCAUAGCUUCCCCGUCGCUCCGCGUCUCCGCGCGGUGAGGAUCGCCGAACGGACAGUCUGUGGAUAUUACCUCCUCGACGCGGGGAAUCUCUCUCAAGGAACAGGACUUAGGAUGGGCCGAGCCAUGCGAACAGGUGUCGUUCAACAUUGAAGAGGAGUAUCUUAAAAAAGCGAGAGAAGCAGGAAAGCGCGAAGGAUGCCUGCUUCGUCGCAAACCGCCGCAUCCGAGCGGCGAAACGAAAGAGUGCCGACGCACGAACCACCGAAAUUAAAAACGACUUUAAAAACGCCUCCUAAACAAGCGACCAAUCCUUUACAAUUUGUCAAAGUCGGACCAUGUUCGCUGUAUCGAACCGCGCAGGAGCAACUACAGAAAGUCCAAGAAGUGAAGAAAAUCAAACAGGAAGUCCGCGAUGAUCCUGAAGAUUGGCAAUCGAAUUUGGAUAACUGGAAGAGUAGCCGGAGGAAGCGGCAGGAACAUAUAAUCGAGCGGGUGGUCGAGGUGAAGAAACUCGAGUUAGAGGAGCACGACCGUCAGCGUCGUCGGAAUAAGACCUUCUCGGAGAUGAUGGAGGAGCGUGGUAACAGAGGCCGUAAGCUGAGCAUCAGCCUAGCUAUGUACAACGACGAGGACGCGAAUGAUCUCAGCGACCUCGGGAUCGGUACCAGCAGCGGCAAGAGCUCAGUCAGCGGUGAUACGCAUGACGACACGCAUAGUGUUCUGAGCGACAGAGACAGCGAGAUCGAGAAGAGCCAUUCGGACGUCGAUAACGCCACCGAUGUGACCUCAUCCUCAAUGACGAGCAUUGCAACGCUGACGACGACGGCAACAGUCACGACUACAUCAGCAACAGCAAUGAUCGCAUCAGCAACAACGGCGACGACAGUGGAUACAGCGAUGGCAUCGACGACGGCAACGACGACGUCUACCGCGAGAAAAAUGUUCGGUGGUGCUUUUCAUGACAAUCUGAAUCACAAUCAGGAGUACGAUUCCGGUACAACCGCGACAACGAGCUCGCCCGAACCGGAAGAAUAUACAUACGAAGGCGCUAUUCGCGGUUACGUGUCGAGAGUAUCGCAAAACAUACCGCGGAGAAACUUGACCGGGAUCGACUCCAAGUUGGAGGCGGCAAAAUCGUCGAUGAACGGUUCGAAGACGAACUUGAACGACGAUAGUAGUAAGUCUCCGCUGUCGGUGGUAAAAGUGGAUAUAUUGAAGCGACGCGAGGUAUUCGAGAAGGCGUCGCAGAAGAGCAACGACAACAAGGCGAACAACAGGCUGUCCGGUGACUUCACUGGCACGAAAUCAAUCAAAGAAAGACUGUCGAGUCUCGAGAGACAGAAGUACGAGACGGAGAAUGGCGACAAGACCACCAACAAGACCCUCAACCGAUUGUCCGGUGACAUGAGCUCUAUCCGGGAGAGGCUUACCCACUUGGAAAAGCAAGCUUCGGAGCGAGAGAGCAAGAGUUCCGUUCACCGUAAGCUCAGCACGGAGGAUUUGGAGACGGUAAGGCCUCUCAGGGAGAGACUGUCCACUCUGGAGAAGUACAGCAGCAGCGACGAGUCCUCGGUGCCGACUACGACGAAUGAGUCACGCUCGCACAACGGCGAGCUCACCGCCAGGACAAUUAAGGAUCGUCUCAGCGCACUGGACGCCGCUAGGGGCAAGGAUACGACGGACAAACGGGGGCCCGCACACGUCGGCAAGCAUCCGCUCUGUUUUCGUGAUCAGGAGAGCAGAGUCGACACGUCGACGCCCAGCGAGAGGAGCUCGUCGCCCGACUCGGAGUACCGCGUACCGCGAGCCGUCUUCCACAGAAGUCUGGACUCCCUAGACGCGGACGCGUCCAGCGGCCCGGAUACCUUCGAGCGCGUGCAAAGCCUCGAGGAGCUCGAUUACGGACGACAAUAUCCCGCUUCGUCGUCAUCCGCGGAACUCCUGAAUGACACGGACCGCGAGGACUCGGGUAUCCAUACCGCGGACGUAAGUUGCUCGGUCAGCCAAGCAGACGAGCCGAUCGAUGAGGAGAUCGUGCAGCACACCGGCGGCGCGAUCGUCGAACGACGAGAAGUCAUCGUCGAGGAGCGGGUCAAGCCUACGACGUCCGUCAUCCAGGAAGACGCAUCGACGUCGAGUACGAUAGUGGAAAUGCCGAACGACACCACGACGGCUACGCACUCACAGUUCACCAGCCACCGGGAGACAGUAGCAGUGAACAAGGGUACUGCUGACACCUCUGGGGAACUAUCGACUAACAAAUCACAGUCGCAAGCGCGCGUAGAUACCGUUACUAAUUCUAAUACACUUCGUUCGCAUACUUCCGUACUUCGCGCGAUCACCACCCACCCGAGUCCCAAAAUACCCCCGCGAGAAACCACGAUCCCCGAAAGCCUUUCGAAACCGCGAACAUUCGGCAAAGACGCGGCCGAGUUCAAGACAGAUUCCGAGCCGAGUCCCAACGAGUCCAUAGUAUCGGCCAGCCUGAAGCUCUCCAUCGAACAAGCGAGACCGAAAUUUGUCGGCCAAGCGAAACGGCAGAACUUGUCCAAGGAACACCUCUCCAAUCUCCCUCAGCCGUGUUCGGACACCAUCCCCGUCGCGGAGACGUACCAAUUGUCAUUUCCCUCCAUCAGAACGACGACGAUCCCGACCAGCCUCUCUCUCGAGGCCAGUCCGGUUUCCAAGCCCGCUUCAUGCCGCACCACGUCCAAGAUUCCCACCCCUCUCCCUCGCAAAACCGCCAAAUCCUCGCCGACGAGUCCCGACUCUGUCUUGACCUCGUCCGCUUCCAAAACUUCGCCCUCGAAGGCGCACGGCGCGAACAACAAGCCCACGACGAGUCAGUCUCCCUGCCCGAUUCGGAGAACGUCCGAGACGGCGACCGUCGAGAUUCCCUCACCCGUGUCUGCGCAAGCGAGUUCAGCGGAACUUCCGCCCUCACCCUCGUCGAGAUUCGCUCCAGGGAGCGCGCGACGCCACGAGGAAGCGCUACCGCCUGCGGAACGACGUCGCACCGUGGUGGAGGUGUGCGAGAAGGUGGUGGUACCUCAGGGCAAGGCGCCCACGACGCCGCCGGUGACGCCGUUCAUCACGGUGAACCGGACAAUCCCCGUCGCCGAGGAACGGAUCGUUAUCGAGAAAGCGGACCAAGAGGAGGAGACGGCCGCCGCUGCGAAUCGCCCGGCGGCUCCCGCAGUCGAGCACAAGCAGCAGGAAACGACGGAGACGUCGACGAGCGUCGGGAUGCCCGCCGCCGCUGUCGUCACCAUGAAGAAGUGCGACGUCGACGUCGACGUGCACGACGCGCCCAACGCUACGGUCGCCACGCCGACCGCUGACCAUCCGCUGGAACGACCGACGAACCUGAGCUUAGCCAAGCAGGAAGUUGGUUUGGUCGACGCACUGAACAUCCCGAGUCCAGCCUCGCCGAUUUCCAAACAAAUUCUACCGCUAACUCUGUCCAACGACGAGGAGAUAAUCGCCGAUCAACCUUUCCUUCUGAGUCCGCCGACGAGCGUGGAACCCCCGAAGGAGAAACCACCGCCGCCUCCGGUGGACAUCAGCGAUGAUGAGAAUCCUGCUCCGGAGCCGCUCAAGAGAUUAAACUCCACUCGCAGAAUAAAGAAAGAGCUGCGCACGAGACGCUCGGAUUUUCUCGGCAUUGAAGGGCAGGUCAACGACGACGAUCUCGAACCUGAGUUGACGCUGACGAAACCACCGGACAUGGCGGCGAUUCUUGCCGAGGAGAGACGCAUCGAACAACUCCAUCGUCGCUCGUACGAUACCGAUAGUAACUACGAGCAAGAUUCGAGCCACGAGAGAGAUUCCGGGGUGGAAUUAGGACACGUCGAGGACUGGGCGAAGCAGCCUGUUAGCCCCGACAUGUCGCAGCACAGCAGACAGAGCAGCGAGCCUUUCGGCGCCAGUGUGACUUCCUCCGAGGAGGACGAAAUCACAAAGAAGGAGCGGGAGAUCAUCGAGGUCCUCGAGAAGGAGGAACAGUGGCGAUAUGGCGAUAAUCGCGAAUAUAACAGUGACUUGGGGGAGAGACUUGCCCACAAACUGCGUGAACUCGAGGAAGAGAAGAUGCAGCUGGAGAGGGAGGCGAUAUUGCGCUGCAAUGAGGACGCGUUUCGCAAGAGGGACGACAACGCACGUAAGCAGGAAGAUGCUUCCUCACACGAGCAAACGCAACAGCAACACGAUGAGACAGCGAAACAGCGGGAGAUCCAGACGCGAACGACGGAGGAGGAAGCAAAGUACGUCGGAGACAAGCGAAAGGACGAGGAGCUUGAGACGCAGUCGGAACAACUGAGGAUGCAGAACGAGAUCGAGGAGAAAGAGCGGCGAGUCGCUGAUGCGUGUCGCAAAGAGGAGAUGCGCAUCCGAACGAUGGAAAGUCAAAUUCGUGAGCAAGAGAGCAAGGCAUUGGUCGGUGCUGGGUUGAGCAACAACGAAGAUGAAUUCCCUUCCGGGGAAGUGCUACGAGUAGAAAGGGAACUUCUGCAAUUGGAGCAGGAAGAAUUAAAGAGACAACGCAAUAAUUUGGCCUAUCGCGAGCAGAAGCAGCUUAGGUUGGCAGAACAGUUACAAGAACAGUGGCAAUCCUUGCAAGAUGUCGCGCAGAAUUCUGUUAAAAACACGCAACAAUAUAAAUAUCACACGCCCGCAGUAAAUUACAGAUCUUCGAUGCCAAACUUGCAAUUUCAAGACGCGCCAAGAAGGAGACCACCACCACCACCGAUUCCACUUUCUAAACCACGUAUGCUAGAUCAGAGACAAAGAGAUGUUACAAUCAGGAAUAGCCGUAUACCAUCCGCGGAUUCAAUUCCCCAACAAGUAGACGCGUCGAUUCGAGAGAGCGCAUCGACAACAACACUUGGAAAUCACACUGGUCAACAAAUGUCCAGGCAGACCUUACAGGCAUUAAGCGCAGUACCGCGUCCACGAAUUGUUCAAGGUGAUCAAUGGGUCCAGCGAAGAAAGAGUGACGUGCCAAGAGGUGCUCACGAUGUGAACUAUCAACAUUGGAUUAUUCAAGAAGCGGAACAAAGGAGGAUUAAUGAGAGAAACCAACGAUCACCGGCGCGAAAAUCUCAACCGCAUGUAACUGGCACUUCCGUACCAUAUAACGCUCCAAUUCGGACAGAUAGCAAACCGCUACCCGAUUCUAUCAUACAAACUCUAACACAAAGGGUACAGAAUAAAACGCAGGAGAAACCUCUUUUAACAAGGCGAAGGCCGGAGCAAGUUCUCAAUCAAGAACAUUUGACGGUGCAACAUCAAUCGCCACAAUACACACUGCAGUCUCAAAAAACACAACACGCGCCAAUCGCGAAUAACAACGGGAAUCAGGAAAAAAUGCUGAGCGUGAGCGGAAAGAAGAAGUGUUCGCAUUGCGGAGAAGAAUUAGGUCGAGGCGCCGCGAUGAUAAUCGAGAGUCUACGAUUGUUUUAUCAUAUGGAAUGCUUCAAGUGUUGCGUGUGCCACGUGCGUCUUGGCGAUGGAUUGAUGGGAACGGACGUGCGUGUCCGAAAUCAUAAGCUCCACUGCCAUAACUGCUACUCCAGUGACGACGGUGUCAAGUUCAGUUGUGUGUAGAAGCCUGGCGCUUAACGGAAUUAACGCUGAUCAACUUGAUUGUAAUAUUUUUCGGCUAUAUCUUGAGAUCUUCAUAAUCGACCGUUUAGUUACCCUUAUUUAAAAGUGUCAUGUCGACACGCGACUUAAAAUGAAAUGCGUAAACAUAAUUUUUUGACAGGUCAAAUAAGAAGAAAAAACAGGUCCGUGAAGUUGGCACCCGACUUUAACAAAAUGAAUUUUUAAAAAAAGGAAAUUGUAGCAUUUUCUUUGUAGUUGUUUGUAGUAACAAUAAUUUCGUUUGUAG